AGCACAGACAUUCAUCGGUAAUAUCCGGGACCAGCACAACAGACAGUCGUCUACCACGAGCUAUACUGGCUAAUUACACGAUAACCCUGCAUCUCGGUUGCGAUGGAAACCAUUGGGGAUAUACAGCUCACGAUAACGACAUGCACAAAGCUAGCUAGCUAUGAAGGAGAUGCUAUAGGGUUGUAGCAAGUACAGGCGUGUGCAGAUCGAUCCCUCCGCAGCGGUUUGUGGAUGACGUUCUCUUACCUCAUGUGGGUCGCUUGUGUACAUAAUACGGUGACGAUAUUACCGGAUUCUUAAUUUCAAGGAUAUACCCGUAUAACUGACUGGCCACCUAUACCCGGGGAGUUAUGCUAUUCAUUAAGCAAAGAUUAGGCUUACGAAACAAACGAAUAUUCGGUGUGUUUCUCGCCUGUUGCGGUGUACUUGUGAUAUUCUCAAUUCUCUCCAUGACGUACUCCGAACAAGACAAACGGAAGUACGCCGGCCUUCCAUCCUUGACAUUAUGGGAACAAUAUUUACGGCGUCAGCGGAGGAAUACAGCGGUGCCAUAUUGUCGCGGAGUCAUUCAAAAUAAUCAAACAGAUGUAAAAAAUGCUUUAGAGUAUAUGAGCCGUUCUAAAUGGGAAUAUAUACCAACGCGAAUGUUCGAGCAUUUGACAAAUAUUACGGAGUGUGAGCGAUUUAAAGCCGCACGGAGAUAUUUUGACAAACCUCUAUCAGAAAAAGAAGCAAAGUUUCCACUGGCUUAUAGUAUCGUCGUGUUCAAAGAUGUCGAACAAGUCGAAAGGUUACUGAGGGCGAUUUACAUGCCUCAGAACUAUUACUGCAUUCACGUCGACAAAAAAUCACCAAAAGAAAUACAUACUUCCUUGACGAAAAUUGCUGACUGCUUUUCUAAUGUUUUUAUAACCUCCAAGUUAGAAGAUGUCAGAUGGGGUAAACUAACUAUGUUACAAGCGGACAUCAACUGCAUGAAGGAUUUGCUUCAGUAUAAAAACUGGCUUUACUUCAUUAAUUUGACAGGACAGGAAUUUCCCCUGGUGUCGAAUCGCGAACUAGUGGACGAUUUAAAGAGACUCAACAACACCAAUGUGAUAGACAGCUUUAAAGAAACGAGUGCAGAGUUUGUAUCAAGGACAAAGGUCAAGUGGGUGCAGAACUCGGCUACAAAUAAGAAAAAGAGUGCUCCACCAUACAACAUCACCAUUUACAAAGGAAAUCUACACAACUUCUUCACACGAGAAUUUGUGGAGUACGUCAUCAACGAUGAGGUGCCACGUCAUUUUCUAACGUGGUUAAACGACACGUGGGCCCCAGAAGAGUCAUUCUUUGCUUCUUUACAUCAUACUGGUAAUAAGCAUCUCAAUGUACCCGGAUCUCACACUGGUUGGCUACCCGAACCAGGAUUCACCUACCGUUACUGCUUGUGGCACACAGGAGGUGAUAACGCCAAAAACGUGUGCGCAGGAAAAUGGGUUCGGGAUGUGUGUGUGACCGGAGUUGGUGACCUUCCCAAGGUCGUGUCGAGCAGUGGGCUAUUCCUUAAUAAACUAUACUUGAAUUUCCAACCCCUUACCCUCGACUGUCUCGAGGAAUACCAUAGAAAUAAGACUCUUCGGACUGGAGCGCGAAAUAAUCUUUGAGCAUAUGCAUAUAUUCAUCAGAAAACAGGUGGUUUUGAAUCUUCGGAGAAAGGAAUAAAUUAGGUUCAAUUUAAAUUACAUGAUGUUAAUUCCUUUAGGUCCGCAUCAAGACCAAAGAGAAUUGCUCAUUUUCCCCGUGACCCCCCUGUCCAUUCUCUCAAAUAGCUUGGCUUUUGGACACUAUCACUUCUGGCGAUAUGGGAUAUUUUCAAUAUUUAAUGGCUAUUGCUCCACUGCACAGAUACUCGGAGGCGUAACGCGUCUGUAGUACACUGCAAUGGCGUUCGCAUAUCGGCCGAGAAGAUUAUUUACUGGUGAUGUACGGGGUGUCUACUUUUAUGCUAAAAGGUAUGUAUCAUUGCCAGUUGCUGCAUGCGUCGUAGCUACGACCUUAUAGGGAAUUCUAUAUGGUAAGUCAACCAGGUCAGUUGACAAAAUUUGAAGUCAACUUCCCAUCAAGAUUUGUCAGAGUUUACGAAUUGAAUUUGGCCAGUUGACUGAAAUAAUUUGGUAGGUUCAGCUUGAUUAACCCACUUGGUCAUUUCUAACAUUGCUCGCUCGACGCAAGGACCCAACGCGCCGCGUAGCGGCAAAUAGCGAAGCUGGCGAAACUUAUAACUGGUCACCGUGAUCUCAUUACGGACUUAUAGCGCGGUUAUGGGGUUGUUACUAUUUUGCUGUAUAUUGUCACGGGGAAAGAAAAACACGCGACCUAACGCCAAUCUAUUUAUGUAAAGUGAUAAUUAGAAGGUAUAUAGUUAUGGAAAUGUUAAUAAAUAAUCAUUCCUUAUCGUCUUUUGAGAGCAUUUUUAAUUGUAAAAAGUAUAUGCCUACGUCA